AUGACUUAUCCACACCUGAAAGGAAAUGUCAAACACAUAUACACUAUGGGUGGUGGUGUUAGAUCGAAGAACCCGACAGGUUGCUGUCCAAAAGAUGUUACCACAGCUUGUACACCACAGCAAUGCGGUGAUAUUGGUAACCUAUUUUCUAGUUACAGUACCAAUCCCUAUGCAGAAUUCAACAUAUUUGGAGAUCCUUUUGCUGCAUAUCAGGUGUUUCAUUCUGGCAUUCCAAUCACACUUGUCCCUCUUGAUGCAACUAAUACGAUUCCAGUCAAUGAAGAGUUCUUUUAUGCAUUCCAACAACACCAAAGUACAUUUGAGGCAGAAUACUGUUUCAAGUCAUUGAAAAUGGCUCGAGACACAUGGUCUGAUGAUCAGUUCCAUGCAAGCUAUUUUAUGUGGGAUUCCUUUACUUCUGGUGUAGCCAUCUCUAGCAUGCGCAAUGACAAGGACUGCCUGCAUGGAAAUGAUUUUGCUGAGCUAGAAUACAUGAACAUUACAGUAAUAACUUCAAAUGAACCAUAUGGCAUAUAUGAUGGCUCAAACCCAUUAUUCGAUGGCCAUGCUGUUCCCAAGUUUGGUCUUAAAAAGGGCGGAGUUCAUAGUGGUCAUGUUCAAACUGGAAUUAUAGAUAGCUUCUGUCUUAUAGAGGGAAGUAGGAAAGGAAGAUGUGAGGAUGGAUACACUAAGGAAAUUUCUGGUCUAGAAGCAGUCCGUGUUCGUGUUGCCACAAAGGCUAAAUCAAAUGUGGAUAAAAAUAGCCGUUUGGAUAGGGAAUUUUUCAAGAGCUUCCUAGAGGUCUUAACUCUCCGUGAUAACACAGGCCGUUUCGACAUUACAGCACAAUUUCCAUUCUACAGAGAGGUUCUUUACAAGCCAAACUUUGUUAACAAAAGUAGAGGGAAAGUAACCAUCUUUGACAUGGACAUGAGUGCUGGAGAUUUCGUCUCCCUUAUAUAUCUCUUGAAGGCGCCUGUUGAAGAAAUAGAUUUGAAGGGGAUUUUCGUCAGCGGCAAUGGUUGGGCCAAUGCCGCAACUAUUGAUAUCGUUUAUGACAUUCUACAUAUGAUGGGUCGUGAUGACAUUCCUGUUGGCCGUGGCACUUCUACCGCGUUAGGCACUGGAAUCCUUAGCUGCAAGUAUGUCAGUGCUAUUCCCCAAGGGAGUGGUGGACUUCUCGACUCUGACACUCUGUAUGGACUAGCUCGGUCUUUGCCACGAAGUCCUAGAAGGUACACUGCUGAAAAUUCAGUAGAACAUGGCGCUCCUAGAAAUACUGGUAAUCCGGAACUUCGGCAACCAUUGGCUUUUGAAGUUUGGCAGUCUGUUAAAAGGCAACUUGAUCCAAGUGAGAAGAUCACUAUACUUACCAAUGGACCUCUUACAAAUUUGGCCAAUAUUAUGCUCUCUGACAGGAAUGCAAGUUCUGUAAUAAAGAGUGUAUAUGUUGUUGGAGGCCAUAUCAGAGAUGAAAAUGAUUCAAACGGCAACGUGUUCACUGUUCCAUCUAAUAGAUAUGCGGAGUUCAAUCUGUUUCUUGAUCCCCUAGCUGCGAAAGUAGUUCUAGAAUCCACUAUGGAUAUCACUUUGAUUCCUCUUAGCUCUCAGAGAAAAGCUUCUUCCUUUCAGACUCUCCUUGAAUCUCUAGAGUAUGCUGAAAAUACUCCAGAAUCAAGUUUUGUCCUCCAUUUGUUGUCAUUGCUGCAUGACUUGCAACAGAAGCACCGGCUGUACCAUCAUAUGGUAAAGGGUAUAUUUCUGGGAGAACUACUUGGUGCUGUUUAUUUGGUGGAAGGAUCAAACAUGGAACAUUCAUUAUUACUGAAGCCAAUAAGCAUUAUUGCUGACAAUACAACAAGCACGGAUGGACAGGUGGUAGUCGACGAACAGAGCGCAAAUUUGGUGAAGGUACUAGUGGAUUUCGAUAGCGACGAAUAUUACAGUCGAGUUGCCAACCAUCUAGGCAACAUGGAGCGAUCUGCCGUUAUUGGUAGUUUUGCAGAACAGAGGUCAUCAUGGAGCAGGCAACCAGAUAACUUGAGAGUACGCUGA